AGGCAGGAGGAGGAGGAGGAGGAGGAUGGGGGAGUCUACAAGAACUCCGCUCUGCCACAGAGUCUCUCCACUUGACCCAGAGGCAUGCACACCCAGCAUCGUUGGAUUCUUUUGCAGGAACAAACAACACAAAAACUUCUUUCUUUUCCAGGAGGAUCCUUUACGCGCGGCAUUUGCGAAAUGAUGGAGAUGCAGAGAUGAGGCUUGCGCGGUUCUCCAUGCUGCCUCUCCUCCUCCUCCUCCUCUUCCUCUCCUCCUGAUGAGGGGACAACAACAAGGCUGCCUGAUGUUAAAUGCCCUUUCCCAACAAGAAUAUGGCAAAGGUGAAGCAAUCGGAGCUGGGCUCCUGACGGGACCGUUAAUCCUUUCAGUGCACCAAAGCGGUUUGGAGACGUUUGGAUGGAAAUUAAGCGUGUGUCUGCUGCAAGAACUGUUUUUGGUGUUGUAUGAAACCGGAGAUUAGUUUUUCUACCUUCAGGACUGCAUUGAGGAGAUUUUUUUUAAAGUACUCUCACAUCUAAAUGGAAUUAGUUGAGUCUGCAGCCGUUUGUGAAAGGAACAGACAUGGUACAUGGACACAGCUUCCAUUAUGUUGUUGCAAGUCUUCUCCUACUUGGCUUGUCUGGUGCAACAAAGAAAGACUCUGCAGUGACAAACAAUUCUGGGGUGAAGCCAGCUGGUCAGUGUGGAACAUGGGUAAAAGAACCAGAAGGCGGCAUUUUUACUUCUCCCAACUACCCAAACAAAUACCCCCCAGACACAGAGUGUGUUUACAUCCUUGAAGCCCCCCCGAGGCAGUGCAUCGAGCUCCACUUUGAGGAGCACUACUCCAUCGAGUCCUCUUGGGAAUGUAAAUUUGACCACAUCGAGGUUCGCGAUGGACCUUUCAGCUUCUCCCCCAUGCUCGGACGCUAUUGCGGUCAGCAUAGCCCGCCGGAUAUCCGGAGUAGCGGGCGGUAUUUGUGGAUAAAAUUUGUUACGGACGGCGAACUUGAGGCGGUGGGAUUUUCGGCCAACUACAACUUCACCGCAGAUCCGGACUUUUCCGAUUUAGGAGUACCGCCGCCACUUCCCUCAUGUCAGUACGACAUGGUCGGCCCUGAAGGUAUCAUUGAGUCUCAUCAGAUCAUCAGAGACGGGAAGGCAGGUGCCAAUGAGGCUGUGGACUGCAAGUGGUACAUCCAGGCACCGCCACGCUCCAAGAUCUACCUGCGUUUCCUGGACUACGAAAUGGCCAACUCUAACGAGUGCAAGCGUAACUUUGUGGCGGUGUACGAUGGCGGCAGUUCGGUGGAGGACCUGAAGAGUAAAUUCUGCUCCACGGUGGCCAAUGACCUCAUGCUGGUGUCUACGCUGGGCGUCAUCCGGAUGUGGGCGGACGAGGCCAGCCGGAAAAGUCGCUUCCGCAUUCUUUUCACCACCUACCAAGAGCCUCCAUGUGAUCCAGAUGCCUUCUUCUGCCACAGUAACAUGUGCAUAAACAACACACUGGUGUGCAACGGCAUGCAGAACUGUGUGUACCCAUGGGAUGAAAAUCAGUGUAAAGAGAAGAGAAAAGCCAACAUCCUGGACAACCUGAACAACACCAACGGGACCAUCAUCGGCGUCACCUGUUGCAUCGUCCUCCUCCUCCUCAUCAUCUCCGUCAUCGUCCAAAUCAAGCAGCCUCGCAAAAAGUACAUCCUGCGGCGUGAGGACUUUGACCCCACCAUGUUUCAGGAAGUCUUUGAGCCGCCUCACUACGAGCUGUGCACUCUCCGCGGCGCCACCACCACGGCCGCCGCCGCCUCAGCAGACCUCGUCGACCUGGCGGAAGACUUUGGGAACUACCACACCCUCCGUCGUGCCUCCUCACGCUGCAUCCACGACCACCACUGUGGCUCUCCCUCCAACCCGGGCUCGGCCCACAUAUCCCAGCUGUCGCUCAGCGGGCGAGGGAGCCGCGGCAACCUGAGCACGCGGGACGCAGCGGCCAGCCUGUUGGCGGACCUCCCGCAGCCUCCAAUGUCCGUGCGGCCCCUGCUACCCUCAGCGGGGAACCGCAGGAGCAUCUUGGUCAUGAAGCACAGCUACUCGCAGGAGGGAGCGGACAACGGCUACGACCUGGACGACGACAUGGAUGAAGUUCCAACCACCAGCCACCGGCUUUCACGCCACGAAAAGGCAGUACAGCGGUUCUGCCUCAUUGGCUCUUUGAGCAAACAUGAAUCAGAGUACAACACAACUAGGGUCUAAGAGACAAUCUCAAGGGUGCCUGCUGUCUGGUGUGUUUGAGUGACAAGAAGAAAAGCUCUGCAGGGAAACUGUUUGUCACCUCCUGUUGGUUUGCGUCUCAAAUAGAAGACACUGAAUAUAAGACGGCUUGCGUUUUUCAAACUUGAUAGAUGUAUUCUAGGUCGGUACAUUACUAACGUUUACCAUACACCUGAGAGAUGUCUUUAAUAUUUUGUUGCUUAAUGAAGGCAGAAUUUUUGUAUUACAUUUGAUUAGGCUGCGCGUGAAAUAAAGUAUAGCACUGGUUUGCCACUUUAAUUGGUAGCAUGAACACGAUGUCCAAUGUGUGUGUGUGUUUGAACGUGUAUUUGUAUGUGUGUGUGUGUGUGUGUGUGUGUGUGCUUAUGUUCUACAUUGUGUCGCAUUGUCUCCAUCAUGUAGAGGUCUUGAGAGUGUAGCGCAGUCCCGGAUGACUGGGAGCGGGGCCUCCCUGACACGUGACAAAGUGGAUGAGGGAUGUGCACCAGGAUGACGCUGAGAGGCCCAAGGACGCUUUGAUGAAACCCAAUUUAAAACCAUAUGAUCAUGUGCAAAGAUAAACACAAAAGGACUUAAGAAGAAAACACUUUGAAGGAAAUCAUCCCACACUUUUGUUCUUGUCCCCAUGAAAAUGGACCUUCUUAAUUUAGGGUGCUGUUCCUUUAAAGGGGCCCUAUCCUACUCAUGCAACUUUUCAUACAUACUAAUAAUAUCUUCUAAAUCAAGAGGUUGGCAUGUUUUUAGCUUAUCCUUGCUGGAGGUUAUUACACUAAACAGAGUUGAUUGAGUAUUGUAUUUAAAAUAAAGUAACCAAAGUGCCCCAUUGAAAAUAUGAUAAUUUGAAAACCCCUUAAAAAUGAGCAGGAUAGGAUAGGACCUCUUAUGCUGAUUUGAUGCAACAGUUCACAAAUAAAGCAUGAAUAUAUCCGAAUGGAUGAACAAAUAUGUAUAUUUUUAUGUUAUCUUAACAAUUGGAAUAAUACUAACAAUUAUUAUUUAUUAACAAUUCAAGGCCAAGCUGGUGCAUGCUUGUUUGAAUUAACAUCCUUUUCAAUAUGACACUAUCAGAGGCCCCCAUGUACUAAUAAUACAUCCACUGAUUUUACAAAUGAUUCAUUGCAUGUUGUUAGUUGAAAAAAAGUAUUUGUUAACACCGACUUUCUUUGUUUUAAAUUUUUUUCUUAUACGUUUGUGUCCAAAUAAUCACCAGAGUUUAACAUUGUCUUUGUAUCAAACCAGACUUUUAUACUCCGGCAAAAAAAACAACAAUGUCUUUUAAAAGUUAUUCAAACGAUCCUUCAGGGCUGGUUUUAUCGAUGAUUUGUAACAAUAUUAAUAUUAAAUAACAAUAAAGCACCUUUUUUCUUGUU